GGGCAAGUCAUUCAGUCCUUCCGAGAUCUCCCCACCUGACGUGGCCACACCAGAGAUACUUUACAGUUCUUCGGGUUGAUUUUUGUCGGAAUGGCGGCUAUUAUUAGGCUGGUUAUAGCCUACAAUUUCCUGGUGGCGUCGAGCACGCUCGCUGCGCAUGGGCAUCACCGCGAGCCCCAUUAUGAGGUCCCUGCCAAGUACGACUUCGGCUACGCCGUCAGGGACGACUACAGCGGCAACGACUUCGCCCACCAGGAAACCCGCGAAGGCUACUCGACCACGGGCGAGUACCGGGUCCUCCUGCCGGAUGGCCGAGUCCAGGUGGUGACUUACACAGCCGACGAAACCGGAUACCAUCCCGUCGUCUCCUACGAAGGAGAGGCCGCGUAUCCUGCGCACACGCCACAGCCUUACAAGCCAGCUCCUCAUCCUCAUCCUGCACCUUACAAGCCAACUCCUUAUCCUGCACCUUACAAGCCAACUCCUUAUCCUGCACCUUACAAGCCAGAACCUCGUCCUCAUCCUGCUACCUUACAAGCCAGAACCUCACCUCAUCCUGAUCCUUAA